AUGGUGUUUGACCCAGAGAAGGACACGGUGGUGGCUGUUGUGAGUAACAAACAGGACUCCCUGGAGAAGCUGUGCAAGAUGGAGGCCACAGAGAGCAGUAAAGACAGAAAAGGGGGUCGGGGCCAAGCUGUAUUUCUCCGGAGCCGGCUGGAGGCAGGAGACAAUGAGCUGGAGAGCUUCUCCCUGGAUUCAGAUGCUUCCGACAACAGAUCCGAAGAUGAUGGCUAUUCAAGAGUGGGGUUGGAUUUUGACACCAUUGACAGUGGGGUCAGUCUGGACAGACCAGGAUCAUCGGUGCCCAGCUAUGUGUCCAUGAAGGGCGACAGAUCAAUGGAGUUACCAAUAGAGUUCAGAGGUGGAGCCCUUGACACUGACCCCAGGUCUGCUGGGCAUGCAGAUGUGUCCUGUGAUUUCUGCACUGACAAGAAGAUGAGAGCUGUGAAAUACUGUCAUGUCUGCCCAGCCUCCUACUGUGAGACACACGUCCGACAGUACUACACAGUCCCAGCCCUGCAGGGACACAGACUGGUGGACAUCAGUGGAGACCAGAAGCCCAAACUGUGCCACAAGCACUACAAAGCACUGGAGCUGUUCUGUAAGACUGACCAGACUCUCAUCUGCAGUCUGUGUUCAGUGCAGGAACACAGGGGCCAUGACACCAUGUUUACGUUAGAAGAGCAAUUGACACAGGAUGUGAGGAGAGCUGUGAGUGACCUUACAGAUGAACUUGAGAAUUUCUACACAGGAGGAUUCCAGGAGACUGACCAAGGGUGGCUUCAGACACUGAAAGACAAACACAAGGAAGCUCUAAAGAUUCAGUUUGAAGUUGUGUCUGAGGGAAUUUCUAAGCCAGGAGAGCAGACCCUCCUCAAAGACAUCUUUACACAUGUGUGGAUAACUGAGGGCAGCUGUGUUGAGGUGAAUCAUGGACAUGAGAUCAUGCAGGUAGAAACUGUCUCCAAAAACACAAAAUCAGAGAUCCUCUCCAUCAAGUGCAGCGAUAUUUUCAAGCCACUGCCAGGACAGACCAGACCCAUCAGGACUGUACUGAUGAAGGGAGUCGCUGGCAUAGGGAAAACAUUCUCUGUGCAGAAGUUCAUUCUCGACUGGGCUACUGGAAAAGAUAACCAGGACUUUGACUUUAUAUUUUUUCUUCCUUUUCGUGAAUUAAACAUGAUUACAUCAGAAAAGAGUUUACAAGAGCUGGUUCGCUGCUUCUCCCCAGAGAUGAAAUCCUAUGAUAAUAUUUUAGAACAUUGUAAAGUCCUGUUCAUCUUUGAUGGUCAGGAUGAAAGCAGACAUCCUUUGAAAUUUGAAGAAAAUGAGAUCUGGUCUGAUGUGAAAAAGCCAACUUCAGUGGACAUGUUGUUAACAAACCUCAUCAAGGGAAACUUUCCCAUUGACUCCUCCAUCUGGAUCACUUCCAGACCAGCUGCAGCAGGUCUGAUCCCUCCAGAGCUCAUCAACAGGGUGACAGAGGUCCAGGGGUUUGAAGAUCAGCAGAAGGAAGAGUACAUCAGAAAGAAAUGUAAGAACAGAGCUCUAGCAGACAGAAUUAUUUCACAUAUAAAGACAUUGAGGAGUCUUUACAUUUUGUGCUAUGUCCCUGUUUUCUGCUGGAUUGUAGUUACUGUUCUGGAGCACACAUUGGAAGACAAGAGUUUUGACAAUCCAAAGACUCUGACAGAUUUCUAUACAGUCUUUCUCAUUGUCUUACUGACAGCAAAGGAACAGAAGAAAGAGAAAGAAAAUGUCCUCAAAUCAAAUCAGGAAGCAAUUCUGAAGCUGGGAAAAUUGGCUUUUGAAAGUCUGAAGAAAAACAUAAUUGUGUUCUAUGAAAAAGAUCUGAGAGAAUAUGACAUCGAUCUCAACUCUCCCAUUUACUCAGGGGUGUGCAAGGAAAUAUUCAAACAAAAUUCAGCCUUGUUUCAGGAAAAGGUGUACUGUUUUUUACACCUGACUGUCCAGGAGUAUUUUGCAGCUCUGCAUGUUUUUGGUUCCUAUCAAAACUAUAAUAUUAACCCACUACAGGAAACAAUGUGGUCUUUUUCCUGGUUGGAACAAUUCCUUUAUCCAUCUAUUAUUCCUUUAUUCAGUCUGAAUAAAGGUGCUCUAGAAAAAGCCAUCCAGAGCAGAACUGGUCACCUUGAUAUGUUUGUCCGAUUCCUUUUGGGAAUGGGAAUGAAGAACAACCAGGAGCUUCUGAAGGGAUUCCUGUCAGGCACAAAAGAUCACUCCAAUGACAUCCAGGAAACAGCAGGAUACAUCAAGGAGCUCAUUAGAGAAACUUCCUCUCCUGAAAGAUGCUUCAACCUUUUCCACUGUCUGAGUGAACUGAAGGACAAGUCUUUAAUAGAGGAGUUCAAUGUGACUCUGGAUAAAACAAAACUUUCAGGACAAAGUCUCUCACCUUCCCAGUGUUCAGCACUCACCUAUUACACACUGCUGUCUGAAAAAGAGAUUGAAGUCUUUGACAUGAGUGAAUAUGCUACAUCAGAGGAAUGUGUACGGAGAUUGCUACCUGUGGCAAAGAUAACAAAAACCCUUAGGAUGCUGAACUGUGAACUAACAGAGAGAUGUUGUGAAGAUCUGGCCUCUGUUCUUCUGUCUCAACACUCCAGUCUGAGAGGGCUGGAUCUGAGUUACAAUAACCUGGGGGAUUCAGAAGUGAAACUGCUGUCUGAAGCUCUGAGGGAUCCCAACUGUAAAUUAACAAAACUGGAGAUGUCAUGGUGUAAACUAACAGAGAGAUGUUGUGAAAAUCUGGCCUCUGCUCUUCAGUCUCAGUGCUCCAGUCUGAGAGAGCUGGAUCUGAGUUACAAUAACCUGGGGGAUUCAGGAGUGAAGCUGUUGUCUGCAGCUCUGAAGGAUCCCAACUGUAAAUUAACAACACUGAGGAUGAGGGACUGUGAACUAACAGAGAGAUGUUGUGAAGAUCUGGCCUCUGCUCUUCAGUCUCAACACUCCAGUCUGAGAGAGCUGGAUCUGAGUCACAAUAACCUGGGGGAUUCAGGAGUGAAACUGCUGUCUGCAACUCUGAGGGAUCCCAACUGUAAGUUAGCAACACUGAGGGGCAAGGUGGUAUCGGCAUCACUAAUGAAGAAUGGCAGAAAGAUGUACCAGUGA